AGUGGAGGGGCAGAUGAGUUCUGAGGAGGAGGAGGCUCGCAGGAUAGCUGAGAUGGGGAAGCCCAUCCUGGGGGAGCACAGCCGCCUGGAGGUGGUCAUUGAGGAGUCGUACGAGUUUAAGAGCACCGUUGAUAAGCUCAUUAAGAAGACCAACCUGGCGCUGGUGAUCGGCACACACUCCUGGAGGGAGCAGUUUGUGGAGGCGGUCACUGUCAGUGCAGGUGAUGGUGAUGACGACGAGGAAGGCCGUGAGGAGCGUCUUCCAUCAUGUUACGACUACGUGAUGCAUUUCCUCACCGUCUUCUGGAAGGUUCUGUUCGCCUGCGUCCCGCCCACAGAGUACUGGAACGGCUGGGCCUGCUUCCUGGUAUCCAUCAGUUCCAUCGGCCUCCUCACGGCCGUCAUUGGAGAUCUGGCGUCACACUUUGGCUGCACCGUGGGGCUCCGGGACACUGUGACCGCUGUGGUGUUUGUGGCACUGGGAACCUCUAUUCCAGACACCUUCGCUAGCAAAGUGGCCGCCAUGCAGGACCAGCACGCCGAUGCAUCUGUAGGUAACGUCACCGGUAGCAAUGCCGUCAACGUGUUCCUGGGGAUCGGUGUGGCGUGGUCGGUGGCUGCCAUCUACUGGAGAAUCAAGGGGAAGGAGUUUCGGGUGGAUCCAGGGUCGCUGGCCUUCUCCGUCACACUCUUCACCAUCUUUGCGUUCAUCGCCAUGGCCGUGCUCCUGUUCAGGCGCCGGCCCUCCAUCGGCGGAGAGCUGGGCGGCCCCAGAGUGUCCCGCCUUCUGACCACCCUGCUGUUCCUGGGUCUGUGGUUCCUCUACAUCCUCUUCUCCAGCCUGGAGGCCUACUGCCACAUCAAGGGCUUUUAAAAAGGAGAUGCAUGGAGUUCUGGAAGAAUACUGCACAGAAACAUACACACAGACACUCCAGUCCAUACGGUGCACACUUUGACAUGAAUCAAGUGUGAGAUCCAUCACUUUGACAGGACACCCGGCAGCCUGUACGCCAUGCAGGGAUGCUAAAAUACUUCACAUACAUCUUCACACAUACACACAAACACACACUCAAUGCACGCAUGAGGAAACAGAUCAAAACAAACAAAUGCACGCAGAGUUACAGGCAUGAUGAAGGGCCAGAGGAAGUUUUUUGAGAGGCGAAGGUAGUAGCAAGAAAACAAAAGGUAGCUGCAGAGAAGUUAGCGGAGAGAAGACGGAGAGAGAGAGAAAGUGAGAGUGACAUUUCAGAGGAGAAGAGAGGGUCAGGUGAGCUGCUUGAUGCUGUUUCUUUCAGUGGAGUUUGUUUACUCAAAGCCAGGCGAGGAUGGAUUGGAGGACUUGUCACGCAGGGUCAGAGCGCUGAGAGAGAGAGGAAGCCUGUGCACAUCAGACAAAAUGUAUCCAUCCAUUGAAGGAACAACACGUUCGUCUGUUCCUCCCUCCUCUCCUUUACUGUUACAGCUCCACCUGUCUUCACUCAGGAGGUGGAGCACUGUGUGAAACAAGGAGUGAAAUGUUUACAGAAACAAUAACAUGAGGUUUGUUUACUACAGGGGGUUCUUAUAAAGUGGUGAUACUAGUCUAAUACACUGUACAGAUAAAUGAGUUCUCCACACGCGAUGUAAAUAGUAAAAAUCUGUGUACAUAGAGUGUAGUGGUUUCAUUCGACGGACAGGGAUCCUAUAAUUGAAAACGUUAGACAGGAGGAUGAUCCUCCAGAAUGUGUGGCUACUUUCCUGUUUAGAAAAUCCAACAACACUCGAGUUUAGCUUCUUCUGUCAAAAAGCUGCAAUGUUUAAAAAGUCCUGCACAGACCGGAUCGACGCAUACCCCAAAUUUUAUACAUGUUAGGACAGUUCACAUGUGAUGAUUUACGCAGCCUACAGAAUACAGACUCAAGUUGUAGUUGACCAAACUGAUGAGUGAUAAGCAAGUGGAUCAAUGUUUUAAAGAGCCAUAGCUCCCUCCGCAUCCUGUGUCCCGGUCACACGUGUCUCUUGACGGCAUCAUUCAUUAAUGUUUGCAUGUAACGCCAGAUAAGGAGCAUCUUCAAAACAAGUCACACAUAUAAACGAUUUAAAAGGGAAAUCCGCCUGUAAAUGAUUCAUCCCUGUGUCUGCUCCUCACCCGGAGGAGAGGAGUCUGCUCACACACACACACACGUUAAAGUCGUCGCUCCAUCUGAGCAACCUGAGCCGGCAUAAACUGAGUGUGAGUGCAGACAGACACAGAAGUGUAGUCAAGUCAUCACGGUGUCAUUGUGAGUAGUGACAGACUAAUCCAUUACUGUGGCAUGUUCCUGACAGACUAAUCCUUUACCUUUCUGUAGUGAUGGCAGCAUGAUUGGACAAACAUGCAUGGAUGGACAAACAUGACUUAACAGUGUUAGUUUACUUUCAGCAGCUGGUUCCUUGAAAACAGCGGUCAGAAAACUUUGAGUCAACAAAAUACUCACGCUUCAAGACGGCACCCAUACAAUGCCUUAAGAGAACUCGAGUAUUCAAGCUUUCAGCUGACAAACAGUCCAGGCUGCACUUUGUUUCUUCUUUCAACAACAAGCUAUUAGUGUGCUAGAAAUGAGGACACCACACACACACACACACACACACACGAGAACAUCUCUGCAGUGUCUGAUAUUUUGACGUAACACUGGACGCAGCUGAAACACCGUAACGCAUUUAUCGCCCCGUGUGUGAAGACGCUCUCUGCUUGUCUGUGCUCAGAGCACAAUAGAAGCACCAGACAAGUCUUUGUACAUAAAGCUAACAAAGGUCUAUCGUGUCACGUUCUCUAGACUAUGUUUACAGUCUGCAGGUCAGCAGCAGGCAGUGCUUGGCUUUUUCAGACAGCUGACGACGUCACAGAUUAUCUGUAUGUAGGGUUAGAUCAAUAACAUGUGCUUCAGUUAUAGAAACAGAACAUCGGCUGCUUUCAGUGAAGAGCUCAUUAGAGAUCGCUGCCCUUCAAGGCGUUUGUGCGUGCUCAGUAUUGCAUGGUAGAAUUGGAGCAUACAGUCAAAUUUCCAGAAGCUACUGAUCCCUGAUUAGACGAAUAACACACUGGACUGUUUGCAGACGUGCUCUGAUUUCUUGUAGCUUAAGUAGGGAGCAGUGUGCAACAUCAGGAUGAUGAUAAAGUAGCAGUAGUUAAGAGUCUGGCGUCCUUCUCUACAUGAGGAGUUAAUUUAUCCUGCUGCAGAAUAUUCACUGCCCAGCAUCAGUCACAUGAAACAUAUUUAGUGUGUGCUUCGCGCUGCAGGUGCAUGACAAACUUCUCACCUGCAAACAAUAAGUGCUAUAGAAGAGAAAUUUGUUCUUACUGACAUUAAACGAGAAAGAUUUGAUCCGUUUACCCUUAACUUACCAUACUUUGUAAACUUUCUAAAACCAAUUUUCUAUCUUUUCCUUGCAGAUGAAGCCAAGGUAGAUUCUUUUGUACUUCUAAACGACGUUUAGAAUAGUAUGAGUAUAUAGAGUGGGUAGUUUAGAUGACAUCCUUCCUGAAUUUAGUGGAUUAGAUUUUGAUAUAUUUUCCACGGCGAUGACGCUCCCCUUUUAACUGCUCCAACAGUGUACCACGACAUAAUCCCAUCUAUUUUACUGGAAUACUUGUUUGUGUCUGUGUUACUUGUGUAUAUUUCUUCUCAUAAGAGGAUUUAUUUAGAUAUUUAUUUAUUUACAAGAAGAUUAUUUAUCUAAAGAUAAGCUGUGCCGCAGGUUCCUUGAGGCGACCGGUUUGGAAAUGAUUUCAAGGAGUGUGGUUUCAAUGUGCAAUACAGAAAACCGUUUAACACAUUUUAUUUAGUUAGCAGCUUCGACGAGAGCUCAGUACACAUAUUUUUCUGCUCCAGUGUUUGUUGCAACCCUCCGCCAACAUGCAUUUCUUCAUCAGUUCUGUUGAAGGAGGAGGUUUUGAGUGUAAGUAGCAUGUUUACAUGAAGAAACAGUGUGGAACAUUGCCAGUAUAAUUGUCAGUCUCGGGUUGUCAUGAGCUGAAGAGGGACUUUUUUUAGAUAUUAGCUGUGUCUGUGAGGCAGGUCAGAGGUGUGAGGUUGUAACAGUAGCCUAACUUUAGUCUACUUUCUGAACAACUAAGUGGGACCAAGAUUACACAUGUACACACACACACACACUUACAUGUCAGCUGAACUCUUGUGUAAUCUUUGCCUGGGUAAAAACGGAUCAGGUUGGAUGAGCUCUACCCAGCGACGUCCCUGCAGAUGUGACCCAGAUGUGGCUCAGCACCCACAAACAGAACUGUCUACAAUGUCCGGACAAUGUUCCAUGUUUCCAUGAACUUCUGUACUAACUGUCUGGCUUUGGCCUUUGCUGUUCUGUAGCUAGAUGUGAUAACCCUCCCCCCUUCCCAUCCAGCCUCCCCCGUCUCACCCACCUUUCCCCUGUGUGCGUCUGUGUCUGUUCUCCCCUCUGUGUUCCUCUGCAGAUGCAUGAUGAAUCCUGUGUACGUGUGUUAGCAGCAUGGUCUACUGUGAUGGACGCCUAUCGGCAUAUUUUAUCGGGGUUGAUUCCCCUAAGUUCAAAUUCAACCUACCAGAGAAAUCUUGUGGGAUGAAAUGAGCAAGUGGCACACACACAGACACACCCACACAGCUCCAUACAAACACACACACACACACACACACACAGCUUUAUAUACUGGACAUAAACACACAAACACACACACAAAGGCCGCAUUCAUAGAUUCAGUGUCUACUGCUUAUUUGUUUUGUUGUUCCCCUUAGAAGCUGUGAAAAGAGAGCGCGCUUCGUUGUGUGUUCACAACAAGCAACAUCCCAGGUCAUCUUUUUGUUUGUCGUGUACGAUAUUUCUACGUCUGUGUAAGUGUCUCCCCCCCUCUUCUUCUUCUUCUUCUCUUUCUUCUUCUCGUCUUCUCCUCCCAUUCGCUCCCUCCCAGGUCUUGCUCUUCAAUGUGUCUCUCUGUGAAGUUUUUUCCUGUGAUGAUGAAAAGUUAUCUCUCUGCCUGAACCUUUGUAGGGAAAUAAUGACUGAGUUACUACAAUAUCUUGUGAUAGACAAAUACAUUUAUUCAAUACUGUAAUAAAUUAUUAACUGAAGAUGGUUAUUUAAGUUUUUUUAUGAAAUGCAGAAAAAAAAUCUUAGAAAAAGAGAAGUUUUGUUUUUGAGAACAUGGCAUGAGGUGUAAUGUGUUACUGAACGAACAUGGAGGUCUGAAACAAGUGAUGUUGACCUUAUUGGAAUAUAGUUUAUUUAUUUUCAAGGCGUAAUGUGUCGGUGUCAUUUUUUUCUCCUAAUGAGCAGACUGCAGUCUAACCCAACACGGUGUGAGAGUAUGGUUAUAUAAAACAUUUUGUAGGCUAACUAUUAGCUGUUCAAUAAUCCAGUUAUCCAUCAAAGACAUAAAAACAUACACACCUCAUGAUCACCACACAACAUGACUCACUGUGAGGGAUUUAUUUGUGCAUACUCACCUUGAAGAGAUCAAAACACACGUCUAUCUCCACUUUUUGAAAUAAUUUCUGCGCAUCAAAAGUCAAAUUGCUGAAACUAUUAUUGUUAUUAUAGGAUACAAGUCAGACCAUUAUCUGUAUCCACUUUUUAAACAGUUGACAACAUUUUUAAUAAUGAAUGAUCAGCAUUUAUAUAUAAAAAACAACAUUAUAAUACAGUUGUGUUUUUAAGGAGACCUGCGUUUUGCAUCAAUGACUGAUUUUAAAUUUACAGAUCAUUUAAAAAUUAGUGGUUGGAUGGUUACAGAAGUAUAAGCAAUAAACUUAAUCAAAGUGCAAUGAGCAAUACACUGCAUUAAGGGUUAUACAGAUAAUCACUGCCUGUUCCCUGUGGGGCAAUUCAGUUCACAGUGUACCCUGCCUUAUUGAAACAAUCUAAAUAAGUAGGGAACAAAAACAAACAAAUGCAAAACAUUCGCAGCAACAUAUAGAAAAGCACAUUCACAUGUCAACAGAUCAGCAAUGAAUACAUUGAGUACAAUAAAUACAAUGUCAAAGAUGCAUUAAGAAGUUAGACACAUCUGAGACUCCAAAUUUAGCACAAGCCACAAAUCAGUUCCAGUUUACCUCUCAGCAUUUAGCAGGCUGAUAGCUGAGGGCGGAUCAGGCAUGGUCCGUUCAUUGCACAGCUUUAGAGUUUCAACCUGGAAGUCUCUGUCACUAAGGUUUUUUAAGGUUGUGUGUGGAACUGAGUAAAAAAAAUUGUAUUAGUGGAUACAGAGAGGAUGAAUAAAUGUUAUAAAUUCACAUAUAGGCUACAUCAUGCAACCCCUGCAAGAUACAAGCUGUCCAAAGCAAUGGCAUGUCUGUCAGGCAACAGUUGUGGGAUGUAGGUCACAUAGGAUGCCAUGUUUAUUUUAUUUUUUUAAUGUAUAUAUAUUUUUUUUCAGAGCACCGCAUUCAGACAGGCUACAACAGUUUUACACCAUUUUCAAUCAUCAUGACAUACAAUUUUAAAAUCAGUUCACAGUCUGCCAGUGUCCAUACCUGCCCCUCUUUUCCUCGUCCAUCUCCAAUGCAGCUCUCCCCCUUUUUUUCCCCUCCCUGGGGCUUACCAAAAACAAUGAAAAUAAAUUAUUACCCUGAUAGACAAGUAACAAGAUUCAAAGCAAAAUAAAAUAUAUAGGUCAUGUGUUCAUAAACAGAAAUAAAUAAUGUAAAUAAUAAGUUACGUGUAAGUUUAGGGGCACUCGUGUGUGCAGGCACCCCAGCCUAUACCCACCCACACAUUUGUACAUAAAAAGUUCCCAUGCCUAUAUUCUCUUCCGUGUGUGCCUACAUAGUUAUCUGAGGGGGCCAUGUUUAUUUU